AUGGAUAAUUCAAAAGGCUGGAUUCUCAGUUUAAUCUCUAAUUGUUUUUGCAUCCUUGGUGCUAGCGGAGUUUGGAUAGAUGUUGUCGCUAACAAAUUACUCGGUCGCCCAGCAAUAGACUUGGUAAACAGUGAGCGUUCCUUGGUAACGGCACUUGCUACCAGUGCUGGAAUAUUACUGUUCAGCUCUUGGUCAAGUGUUAUGGAAGAAUCAUUGCAUUUUUUCUUAGACGUCCCCAUGAUUGACAUGUUCCUUGCUAGAAUCUUCCAACUUACUUCGUUUUUCUUAGGAAGUAUAUUCUUCUAUGGAUUUACUCACUUUCUUCAUAAAUGGCUCCGUAAAACCAACGAUUCAAGUUCAAUGUAUAGAGAAUCUAGAUAUCCUACUGCUCAGAAUUCGUCCCGAUCGUUAUCAUCAUCUCACUCAGACUCAGCAUCUCUUCAACUUUCUUCUUCCAUCCAUGGUAGCCAUUGCCCUAGUGGCUCACAUCUUCAUGAGAGAUCCAUGCUGUUGCCGGAUGACGGUUGCCCUGAAAAUGGCACUCCUCCUACCGGAGAAUCCAAUCCAAAAGCACCUACUUGUGAAUGCGAGUGUCAUAAUCAUUUUGAUCUUAUGACCACUGUAUUUGGGUCUGAGGAGGAUGAGCAUCUUCAUUCUGUUUAUACAAUGGGCAUUCAAACGGCCUUCCUUAUUUGCCUUCAUAAAAUACCUGAGGGUUUUAUUACGUAUUUGGCUUCAACCGUCGAUACAGGGUUUAUGGUGUUUGUUGCUAUGACCAUCCAUAACAUGGUAGAAGGAUUUACAGUUGCUUAUCCUCUUUACCUUGCUUGGAAAUCCCGAAGAAAAGCUUUUUUGACUGCAGCUAGUUUGAGUAGUUUGAGUCUUCCGUUAGGAGCAUUGAUCGCUUUUCUUUUAGUUCGUAUUGGGGCUUCUGGAAGUUUUGACUUGCUAAAUUUUGUCUACGGAUUCAUUUUUGCUAGUACCGCGGGAAUGAUGCUAAUUUUGUCCCUUCGUGUCAUUUUUCCAGAGGCUUUACGACAUGAUCAUUCGCAAAACAAGAGGCAUUCCGUUUUAUGUUUCAUCUUUGGAAUUUUGGGAACACUCUGUUUGGAAGUGUUCCACGAAGGGUAA